AUGGCUACCAAGAUGGGCAUGGGACACACCGUCAAAUGCGUCUUGCGCCUGACGUUCCUGCUCAAGAAAGCCGAGCGCUCAUUCCACCAAAAGGGCAAAGCAGUCGAUCACAGCCAUUCCGCUGUGCCCUCCCUCCCCCUACCCAACAGCGAAUGCUCGGACCACGGACUCGGCCCUCUCUGCAAAGAGACGGGAAUGGACGACUACGACGAGGAUACUUUCUCCGGCAGCGACACCAGCACCGACACCAACACCAGCACCGACACCGACGCCUCCAGCGUUUUCAGCCCUGAUCUGGCGGUGAGCGCGCAACCCGCAGAUGCAGAUGCAGACGCAGAAGCAGACGCAGGGAGCAGUAACCAUCCCCGUAACGGUAACCGGAAACGCCUCGUCCGCAUCGUUAGCUUCAAGGGCAUCGCGCACGACCGCUCGCGGUGGUCCUCAUCGCAGGAGCGCGAGCUCGCGAUCGCCGAGCACGAGCUAGCGCGGUGUCAGAAGGCGUGGAGUUCGGAGCAGGAGCUGUGGUUGGAAUAUAUUAAGAUCCUUCUAGAAGAGAAAGAAGCGCACGAGGAGUUCCUCAGCCACCGGGCGAAGCAGUCUGGGGAUGAGCAGGGGCAUUUCCGGAAGGCCUGGAGGAGUCGGCGGGCAGGGGAGGAACAGCGAGGUCGGACUCGGAGUCGCAGUGGGUUGGGGGCGUUGAGGGGAAGCAGGAGUGAUAAGGGGAGAGGGGAAUGA